GGUCAAACUCUAAAAAUAAAAAAACUUCAAAUCAAAGGGAAAAAAAGUAAUGAACAAAAGAGAAGCAGGAAAUUAGCAGGAGAUACAGAGGAUGAAGACUCUGCAACUACAAGCAUCUCCUUAAAAAAAGGAAAAACAGACACUAAAAAAAGAAAAAUGGAUGAAAAUGUUUCUGUAAGCCAAUUAAAGCAAGAAAAUUUCACUGCUAUUAAGAAACCUAAAAGAGAUGACUCCAAGGACCUGGCUAUAUGCAGCAUGAUUCUCUCAGAAUUGGAAACUCAUGAAGAUGCCUGGCCUUUCUUACUUCCUGUAAACUUGAAACUUGUUCCUGGUUAUAAGAAAGUUAUUAAAAAACCUAUGGACUUUUCCACCAUUAGAGACAAGCUUAGUAGUGGACAGUACCCCAAUCUUGAAGCGUUUUCGCUAGAUGUCAGGCUUGUUUUUGACAACUGUGAAACCUUUAAUGAAGAUGAUUCUGACAUAGGCAGGGCUGGCCACAACAUGAGGAAGUAUUUUGAAAAAAAAUGGACAGAGAUUUUCAAAGUGAGCUGAAGUUACAAGAACUCUUCUUGUCCUUUUUCUUUGGUUUUCUGUUUUGUUUUGGGUUUUUUUUUCAUUAAAUGAGGACUGAUAAGACCAGCAAUGUGAACUGUAUUUACAUGAAGUGCAAGGCACAUACCUAAGUAAUGACUGUUUUUUUUCCUUUAAAAUAUCACAGAAUUGUGAUACUAGUUCUAAAGGCUUCACUCCUACAGCAACCAUGGCCCCUUGGUUAUUGGUUUUUGUGUUUUAACAAACUAAUUUAGGUAGAACAGGGAAGCACACCCAAAGAAUUUCAAAGAAAGGGGUGUAAUAGUGCAAUAGCAAUCUAAAAUAUAUCAAAACGCACUGAAUAUUCAACCACCAGAGCUCUACUUGGGGAAAUGGUUCUCUUUUCCCUUUCAAUAAAUAUCUAUUUUUCAUUUUUUUACUUUGUAGUUUAUUUUUUAGUGAAUGUAUUUAAUUUUAUGAAUUAUUUAUGAUUAUACAGCAUUCAGAAUCUUCGUUUUCUGUGAAAAGGAAGAAUUAGAAAAUUGCUUUAAAUCUUGAAAAUACAACAAGGAAUGUUUUAAAAUAUAAAACAAAGCCAAGUAAAACUGUUUACACUGAUGUGCUGUAAAAGCACUAAAAAUUAAAUCUUUACUGUAGAGUUACAAGUACAUUUAUAUAUAUGUUGCUGCAUCACCUGUGUAGUUAAAUUGUAUUUCAAAACAGUGAAGAAAAAUUGAGACAUGUAUAUACUGUUCAUUAUUGUUUAUAUUAAGUCUUGUUUUAAAUAUGUAUGAUGUGUACAUAUUGUUUGCAGACAUUAUUGUUUAUGCCUUAGGAGGAUGGUAGCAUUUUAUUUUAGUCUUAAGGUAAUUACAGCUAUAUGGCUUGUACAGUAAUUAUCCUCUACCAACACUGUGGAGUCUCCUUAAUCUUGGUAGUGCCUGCCUUUAAAACAGGGUGUAGGGGAUAUUAGUUUUCCAUUUUUCUAUUUUGUUAUAUAAUUUCAAGCCACCACGGCCUCAAAUUCAAGUAUAAUCAUUUGUAUCCAUGUGGAAUAAAAUUGUGACAAUUUCCUACGCACACAGUAUUUUUUCAUAGAAACAUUUCCCUCCAUUUGCCUUGCCACAGAAAUAACAAAAAAGACAUUUGUAACCACUGUGUUUUAUCUACUGUGUGUUGUGGUGGCCUGUUGAGGCAGAUAGAUCAGAAUUUUUUUUGUACUAAUGUAAGAGUACUUGAAGUUUUAUUUAAAAGAAAUGUUGUGGAAAGGUAGCAUUCUUUUUCUUUUCCUUUUUUAGGAGUGUUAUUUUUCACUAGUAUGUGUGGCACGGAUACAAUAAAAGACUGUUUUGCAAACCA